AUGUUUAACUACUACAGACACAUCCAAGCUAGUGGCAAAGAUUUGGCCCAGGUCCCUUCUGUGACAAGUGAAGAAAGCUCAUUGCAGAAUGCAAACUAUGAAUCUGAUGACACCAGUCUUCUAAGUGAUGGAAGUCCUUCAAGAAAGCAACAGAGGGUUGAAGACGAAGCCAGAAUUUUGGUCCAAAAAAUCCUGCAGACUAAACCUGGUGGAGACGCAAUCAUCAGGGAAUACAACAAAACCAAAAGCUUGACUGACAGCACCAGGAGAAAGAUGAUCAAGAUUCCUACUGCAGAUAUGACUGAAAAACACAGCACAUCUCCACCCAGAAAUAUUAGGGAAAUGUAUGCCCAAGGAAUCGUUGCCCUGUUUCCAUAUCUUUGUGAUCCCUACACAAAGAAUGGAUAUGAACAUUAUUAUGACCCUCAAAGUGGACAAGGUUACCUGACUUGGAAAAUAAAGAACAUUCAGAGGAACAGUGCGUCAUCAGAGAACUGUAGACGUUCCUCACAGUCUUUCAGUGGUGGCCCAACUUCGGAAAGAGAGGCUGCAUCCAGCACAGAUGUUAUUCUCACUGAAGAACAGUGUAGAGAAGCAGUUUCUCUAAUGAAACACACCUCAGAAGUGGACACCAUCAAGAUCAAAAUGAAGGAGACAUUUCAGUACCGUCACAAGAUGAUUCAAGACCCAAACAGAAGCACUGUUGUGUUGACGGAAUUUCCACGCUUCUUGGAUGUUCAAGGCCUGAUUGAACAGGAUUUUGUUUUGCUCUUUGGUGAAAAGACGACUUCUAAGCUUUUAGAAAGGUGGCCAACUACAUUCAUGCACAAAGUUAUUCAGCAAAGCAAAAGUCUUAACUCCUCCCAAGCUCUUCAGGACUUGAUUGACUGUGCCGAAAUGACUGUGAAGGAGAAUGAAAUGGGGGAUGCAGGAUGGAACAGUGACAUUGCUUCUAUUCUUCUUUUACUUCAUUUGAUCCCACCUUCACCACAAGGCAGAAAGAGACCUGGAAAGAUGUCCGCAUCUCAAGCAGAAAAACACCUCGUCAUCUUCAAAAAGGCCGGUACUAACAUACAAGAGCACCUGGACUCAAUUGAAGAAAGCACACAGCCAUACCUGCUUGCCAUGGGUCCAAAGAAGAACAGCAUUCAUGUAUACUACAUCAUUCUCGACAAGAAAGCCAUACCGUGCAAAUCAGUGAGUGGUCUCAGUGCCUUUGAUGAACUUUUCAAAGCACACUUUGUGUUUGGUGCAUCUUACAGCAAAGUCCUGCACAACAUGUACACCUUUGUACAAACAACAGUUUUUCAGAUUGACAUUGGCAAAGUCAAAGAGUGCCCAAGAGUUGCUGAACUCAGAGCUAGAUUCCUGCGUUAGAUUUGAUUGCUGGGAAAAAUGAUUUGUUUUGUUUGUUUUUGUUGUCUGAAAAACACAAAUGUUCUUGUACAUGGAGAGGAGAAAUCGGCCUCCUUCUGUAAAACUGGAUGACGAGAGCAAUGAUUUGGGCAUAUAUGCAAUACAGUGUUGGUGUCUACUUCGAAAUGUGCCGCUGAUAUUUGGUGACAUUGUGCCCCAAGACGAUAAAUACUGGCAAUUACUACUACUUUUACUACAAAUAGUGAACAUUGUAUUUUCUCCCAUUUUAACUGAAGGACUUACUGUUUAUUUGAAACACUUAAUUACUGAGCAUCACAGGCUGUUCAAGUGCUUAUUCCCAGGAAAGAAUCUGCUGCCUAAACAUCAUUUAAUGUGUCACUACCCUCGGUGUAUACGAAAUAUUGGGCCUAUUGUUCACAUGUGGUCAAUGCGAUACGAGUCCAAACACAGUUUCUUCAAGACUCAACCAAAAUGUUUCAAGAACAUAACUAAGAUGCUUGCCAAAAAACAUCAGAAUUUCAUGGCAUAUAACUGGGAAGCCUUUAACCAUGACAGAAUUGUACUUGGACCAGGAAAGAAUGUGUGUGUCAGUGACUUGAAUGAAAGUGUUCAGAUUGCAUCUAAGUUGAACAUUCCUACAGAAACAAAUGUUCUCUCAGUGAAAUGGGUGAAGUAUAAUGGGACUGAAUAUCGUUCUACCUUAGUUAUUUGUGGUCAGGUAGACCUUGAUUUGCCAGUGUUUUAAUAAAAUCAGGGAUAUUAUUGUCAGAAAUGAAUGCGUGUUACUGGUUACAUCGCAGCUCAAAACUGUUUGUUUUGAUGAACAUCUUUUUGCCUACAGAAUUGAUCACAGACCCAGCGCAUCUCUGAAAGUGUUUACUGUCAGUGAACUCACUUAUUACAAACCUUUUGAUGUGCAGAUGUCCUAUGGGUCUGAUAAUUUCUUUUGUUUUGUUGUACCCUACUGUAAUCUUAUUCAAAUUUAGCUGUCACUUGUUCAUGUCUCUGUGAAGUUAAUGAGUUUGUUUUAUCCAUUUUGUAUUUCUGUGCAACCCCUCAUGAAUUUGACCCAACUGUUGAAUGUUGUUUUAAAGUAGCCACUUUGCCCAGUUUUUAAAUAAAAAU